AUCACUGCACCAGACACCAACCACAUCAAAGGUUAGGAAGAGAAGAAGGUGGCAAGGAUUGGUCACCAACAGAAUUUUCGAUAUGUCUGCUUAUUGUGGAGCAAAAGUCCAUCUGACAACAAGUGACGGCUUGUAUGCGGGAAUAGUACACACUGUUGAUCCAGUCCAGAAGAAGAUAUCGUUAAAGAAAGUGGUGGUUUUAACCUGUGGCAAGGAACUUGUAGGAAUACACAAUUUCUUUUCAACAGAUAUAGUUGACUUGGAAGUUGUUGACAUCGAAGAUAAAACUGUGAAAACAGCCUCGCCUCCAAAGCAGCCGGUUGUAAACAGAGAAAUUACUGUACAAGAGGUACCAGUACACUUACCUGAUAAUGAUGAUGGAUUUUCUUCGGAUAACAACCAAUAUACAGAGCCUGUUUCCUCAAAACCAAGUAAUGAAAGAGAUGGGUACAAGGCUAAUGACCUCUUUGUGCUGACAAGACUAGAUGACAGUUAUCAUGAAGCAGUUAAGGACUUGCAAGGUCAAACUGAACUUGGUUUAGCAAUGGAGGGCAUUGACCUUGGAAGGAAUGGAAAACUCUCACUAAUUCAGUUUUCAACCAAAGAGAGAUUAUACAUAUUUGAUAUCAAGCUGUUAGGUAGAAAGGCAUUCAACACAGGCAUCGGUGAUAUCAUUGAAGAUAAAUCAAUUGUAAAGGUAAUCCAUGAUUGUCGUGCUCUGUCAGAUCUUCUUUACCAUCAGUAUAGUCUGCGGUUAGCAAAUGUAUUUGAUACGCAGGUGGCGGACGUCGUUGUAUGGAAACGUGAGCAUUCUGGCAAUUUGCCAAAUAAAGUGAAGUCGCUUCCAGUUUGCCUAAUGGAGUAUUUGGACAGUACUGAAGCUGAGCCUGUAAACUUUAUGAUGUCACAAGAAAAAUAUAUCCAGCAAGAUCCGCAGCUUUGGGAAGAGCGCCCUCUAGAUAAGAAGAUGCUCAAGUUCGCUGACCUUAGAGUUCGAAAUCUUCUGGAAUUGCGAACUAUGCAAACCAACUACAUGAUGAAGGACUUCAGAAUGGGUGUAUUGGAAUAUCUGAGCAUCUGGAGGGACAAGACGAGCACAAGAGAAAAGAAACCGGUUUCAGCGUACGAGAGUGUACCAAGGUCAGUGGGAAAACAUGUUCAAGACGCUCCAGCGUACCUAGAAGAGCCAGAUGAGGGCGACUGCUACUUUGAUAGGGACAACAUUAAGCAGCCUAAUUAUUGGAGUAGGGAUGCUUGGAAGGAAGGCAGUCAAUUUCAUGAUGACGACGACAAAUAUGCCUGGUAUCGAGAAAUACAGUCACAACAUAUGGCUAGUAAUGGUGUUUUAGCUGGUUCAGAGGAGGAAAGCGCAAUAAAUGAUUAUAUGUAUCAUCAACACAAGAGUUUCCGAAAACCCUUUCACCAACGCCACACACAAAAUAAGAAAACAAACAUUAUUAAAAUGGAUGCAAGAGACAGUACUGAGUCUGACCUAGCAGAAAAUGCAUUUAAACUGCAAAAGAAAGAGGAACCACAUCCUAUCCGACAGAACAAUAAAGGAUAUACCAGUGGUGGUAACUUAAGAAGCUUUAACUUGACCAAUGAAGAAAGUUCUUUCCAAUCAUCAUCAAGCUUGCCCUCAUCAUCAGAUGAGAUACUGAAUUCAACCAGUAAUGAGAGUUCUCCAUAUAGAGGGCGGUUUGCAAAAACGUCAUCACCAUGCAGAAAUUCUUCAAACAAUGCUAAAAGUAAUGUCCCUGCACCCUCGGUGAAAAGAAUGAAUUCGCAAAUGCAAAAAUUGACAUUGAAAAAUAUUUCUCGAGAAUUUGCAAAACCAUCACAAUCUCCUCCUCCUUUGAGUUCGGACUUAAAUGAAUGCCUAAAUCCUGUUGAACCAACUUCAUAUGCCAUGGCCGUUAGUGGACAAUCAUGUAUGUCUGGAACAAAAAAUGGACCAGAAUCUCCCAAUCCUUCAGGAAAAACUAGUCGUAAAGGAAGAGGGAGGGGAAAGACACUCAAGUCAUAUCGUGAACUUAUUGGGCAUUGCCAAAAGCGAGAGGAAUCAACAGUGCCGCUAUUACGUGGAAAUGCUGUGAGAUGCGACUUUCCGUCCGAUAAUGUGGUUAAGAAUGCACCAAGAGGAAUCGCCAUUGCUAAAGAUACCCAUAUUUCAGGCUUAGCAAAAUCAUAGCCUGUCGUUGGUGUUUUAACAAACACUAUCUUCACAGAGUAUUUGCCCAGAAAAUUGAAAAUAUGCAGAUUGCAUUAUCUGUUACAUCCGAGUCGGUUAAAAUCAUUUUAGGCCCAUUAAAUGGCCCUGAAAUGUAUUUAUUCGGAACACAGCAUCCAGGUCCUCCACGGGUUUCCAAGACAAAUCAAUCCAGCCGUCACACGAAAAAGUCUCCCAAAAAUUCAGAUUGUUUUCACUGUGUCAGAAUAUAAUAUGUUAUGAAAGCUCAACUAAAACCAGAUCCCAAACUGGAUAUGGUGGUGUAUAUUUUAAUAUAUUACGAUCUUAAAAAAAAAACUUUUUGAAUUUUAUGAGCAUUCCUUGAAAUUAUACCAUUUUUAAAACAUUUUUUACAUUAGAAAUUUUUCUAGCUAAUUUUAAACUUAUGAUUGCUUGCGAGCUUGUAUUAACAGAAAAGAAAUUAUAUUUUUAAUGAUCAGUUUAUCUGUAAUAUAGUGACUCUUUAAGCAAUAUUAACCAUUAUAGAGUUUUGUGUUCUGGUCGGUAGUAUAAGAUGGGCACACAUUGCGUACAAUCAGAUCGUUUUCAAUGAAAGUCACUAGAUGAUAACUUGUUGUAUACUUGUUUGUGGUUGAAGCAGUGGGUAACAGACUUAAAAUGCUACACUUUUAAUAGAAUUGACAAUCAAUCAUUCCAUUGCUAUGUUUUUAUUUAUUUUUUUUUAACAACUUUUACUUGAGAAAUAGUUUCCCCCAGACUAGUUUUACAGCAUACUAUCCUGUGCACAUGGUAGUGUAAUAUUACACUGUUUGAAAGCACUUAUUGGAUGCAUGUAACAUUGGUUAUUAAUGUAUAUUAAUUUGUUAACUACUACUGUAAUAAUACUCUGAAAUUAAAUGAUUGAAAUAGUUUUA